AUGUAUUUAGAGGUAUUGAAAACAAAGGAAUCAGUUCAGUUUGCUUUAACUGAUUUAGUUAUUCGCAGUUUAGUUCAAGAAAAAAUUAUAUUACGAAAACUGUUUGAAGGUAGCACUAGCUUAUCUAGUAGUAUUAUUAUAACUGGUAUAAUACCUGAUACACAA